GUGAUAGGAGAGAUGUUUUAUUAAAAACGGGGAGGGAAGCUCAUCUUGUAUGACUUGGCAAGCUCAGUCGGUGCUUCCCUACAGAUGAUGAUUUACAGUAGGUGCAGCUUUGGGGCUGGCUGUGCUUUCAAGUAUUUGCUCUGUCUCCAUCUACUGGUCAGAGAUGUUGGAGUGGCCAGUAUCUAGGCUAGACUGAGUUCAGAGGCUUUGAGGAGACAACCAAAAUACCUCACCGAGGCCCCAGUGUUUUAUCUUCCUCCCCGGAAUUUGUGUCUUUUCUGAAAUGGUCGGCAAAUAAGGGAAAUGAGGGCUCUGGUGAUUUACCUACAUCUCAGAUUCCCAUUUAUUGCCGAAUUUCCUCCACACCUCAGACACUGACAGUAGCAGCGGCGGCGGCGGCGGCAGCAGCAGCCAGGAUCGGAGUCCUGCUGUCCCGCGGAAUCAUCACGGCACCGAGGCGAGAGACGCAUGGGACAUGGCUGCUAUGAGGACUUUAACCGUGGCGGGUCUGUUUUUGGCGUUUUGCGCGUUGGGGCUGAUAGCGGUGGCGAUCAGCACCGACAACUGGUACGAGACCGACGCCAGGAGGCACCGGGAGCGCUGCAAGAAUUACUCAAACAAAAGAAACGACCCCGGCUACAUUUACAUCUCCAACAACAACCUUCCGCUUCGCAUGUUGCCGAAGGAGAAAAAUGUGGAGAGGAAGGGCUCCAGUGUCAGCGGCGAAAUGCUGCUGCGCGCUAAGCGGCACUUCUUGCCUCCUGCUCCGGCCAUGGAGUCCCUCUGCAGUCGGCAUUACAACUCCACCAUCACCGGACUGUGGAGAAAGUGCCAUCGAGAGGGAUUUGACUUGGAGACAGAAGAUUUGAUCUUUAAAGGAUUGGUUCCGCGCUGCACACCAAUAAAAUACUACUACUCAUCGUCUGCGCUCCCGAGAAAUCUGCCAAUCAACCUGACGAAGACAAUACGGCAGGAUGAGUGGCACGCGCUCCACCUGCAGAGGAUGACUGCCAGCUUCAUAGGCAUGGCCAUAUCCAUCAUCCUGUUCGGCUGGGUCAUAGGCGCGCUGGGCUGCUGUCAGGAGCAUGAUCUGAUGCAGUAUGUCGCUGGACUUCUCUUCCUCAUGGGAGGGACGUGCUGUAUAAUCUCCCUUUGCACAUGUGUCGCGGGGAUCAACUUUCAACUGUCCCGCUAUCCUCGCUACAUGUUCGGGAUACCGGAGGACAUCAGCCACGGUUAUGGCUGGUCCAUGUUUUGCGCUUGGGGAGGACUGGGCCUUACAUUGCUGGCUGGUUUCCUGUGCACACUGGCUCCUUCCCUGUACCCUCCACAAACCCCAGUGGUGCACAAGCCCAGACAGGAGAACGGCUGCGUGUGACAGGGAGCGGCACGUCUUAGCAGACACCUGUCUCAUCCUGAAACAGUGAUAAGGCCUGUUCCAGAGACAGUUUUACCCAGGGACAUCGGAGCAGACAGAGCCUUCACAAAGCCAGAGAAAGCACGGGACAAUGGCUCUUACUCACAUGAAAAUGAAGAAGAGGCGACAUUUGACUGAAUAUUUCAGUUCUUCUGGUGCUUUUUUUUCUGUCCCUCUUUAUGAAUGAACUGUUCAGUGUCAUUGCUUGCUCUUCAAGUGAAGAAUAUAACAUUUUCUUCCUGUACUGUAAAGUCUGCUAGUUUUUUUGGGGGGGAAAAAAUGAGAAAAAGAAACGCUGGCAGAAGAUCAAUAGCACAACUUUGAAACCUGUAUUGAAAAAUCAAACCAUGGAUGUGUACUGUCACACUUCAAAGGGCAACUGUGUAUCAUUAUGUAUCCAUUCAAAACAAGAUAUGUACAUGUACUUUUUGAAUUGUAUGUAUGCAGAUGCAUUUGUGUUUAUUCAAGGAAAAAUAUGAGCAUUAAGAC